AUGACAUCUUUUCCAGGAUCCGUCAGUUCAGAGGCAUUCAAUAGCGAUAUGACUGAUAGCUUUGCAGAAUUGGUCGGGACCUCAUCAGGAAGUCAUUUGCAGCAAUCUGGUGAUCCUGCUGAUGAUAUGGGAACAGGUUUGCAACAACCACUGCUGUCGGCACCCUCGGCUUCAGAUUUACGAACUUUUGGAGGCGAUGAGGUAUCAGCUGCAUCUCCUGGUCCACUUUUGGAACAGGGACGAACUUGGCCGGAGCCUGUGGAGACCUCAGACAAAAAGACAAGAUCUGAUGUACCGCUUUCCAAGUCUGAGUAUAACCGGUUAUUGUUUGAAGCACGCAUGAGCUCAAUGGGAGAUGCUGAGAUGAAAUUGCCAUGGGAGCAGGGAGUCUGGAAACGUAUCUUUGCGGAUGAUGAUGAUGACGUUUUUCCAACUGUAGUACCACCUGUGCCAGGAGAAUAUUUAUUUCCGACACCGUCACAAGCGGCAGGCCACGAUGAUGUGGAGCCGAUGGAGCAGAGCAUGCACCCCAGGGAAUUGAUUGCCACCGAUACGACACUGCCGUUUUAUUCAUUUGCAGUUAGGGUACUUCCUGACCGAGAUGCGUUGGAGGAAGACCGCAAGCUGUGGUUGCAUGCUUUGUACAAAUGGCAACAGGUGUUUGAAAUUCUCAACUACCCUGGUACUUUAGGAAAGGCACUUUUGCAGGAGCAGUUGUUGACAGACCCAGACGAGCGCAGUGCGGUGCUGAGGGACUCACUGGGGAUCAAAUCACCUCGAACUGCCAUCAAAAGGGCUCAGACAUUGCUGCAGUAUUUUUCAUGGUUGCAGAUGUAUGUGCCAGAUUGGUCACCUUGGGACAGGAGACAUUGCUUACAAUAUCUGGGUUCAAAAGAACAUGCCAGAUCUUCGGCUUCGAGGGGCAUGACUUUGUUGGAGUCUUUUAGAUUUGCGAGGUUUGUUCUUGAGAUUCCGAUUCCAGAUCAGUUACUGAGUGAUCCACAGCUGCGGGGGCGUGCACAACGGCUCUUGGCGGAGAAGGAGACGUACAAACCAGCCAGGCCCCUAAAGGUUGUGGAGGUAGCUGCGUUGGAGAAACUGAUUGCUUCUCAUUCCAACCCCAUAGAUGUUUAUAUGCUUGGUGCUAUUCUUUUUGCAGUGCUUUCGAGAUCCAGAUGGUCUGAUCUGAAGCUGAUUCAUCAGAUUUGGAUAGAAAAGGUAGAUUUCAAUGGAGAACUUUACGGCUUUGUGGAGGCACGUACAAGGUACCACAAGACUGCAACAACACUCGCAAAGAAACAGAGGUAUAUGCCACUGGUAGCACCGGUUUUGGGUGUGACCAACAUUGACUGGUCGAAAUAUUGGCUUCAGGCAAUGAAUUCACUGGGAGUCAACAUGGAGGCAGAACCUUUUGGAGCCUUGUGCAAGGCCCCAUCGCACGAUGGGAACCUCUGCCGUCGUUCAUGUUCGACCGAGGAGAUUGGUACCUUCUUGAACAAGGUGCUGAAGACCAAUCAAGAGACAUGUGUCACAUCGCAUUCACUGAAACAUACAACUCUGUCUUGGUGUGCGGCUUACGGUAUGGACGAGCCAGCACGUACGUUGCUGGGGCAUCAUGAGUUGCAGGGUGCAAAAGCUAUGACCGUGUAUUCGAGGGACUUGUUGACGAGGCCCCUACAGUUGUUUUGCAGCAUGCUGGCGAAUAUCAGGUUGGACCAUUUCCGGCCAGACGAUUCCAGGACCGCCAGCAUGGUGGACUUGUUGCGCUUGUCUACAACGGAGCGGCCAACAACAGAGAGGCCGAAUGUAGUGGCGGCUGACAACAAAGUGACCCUUGAUGCAAGCAGAAUGGAGGAUGAGCUUGAACCAACCUCACCCUUGGGCACAGAGGCAGCGCCAGCCUCACGCCAAGCACAAGAACAAGAGGAGUCAAGCGACAUAGCCUCCACCAGCUCUAGCUCUGGAGGCUCUGAUGAUGACGAUGUUGCGCAGCCAGCGUGUUGGAUUCCGCCCUAUAGAGCAAGCAAGAGGGCUACCCCUGAUCCUUUGGUGUCUGUGGGUGACAUCCAAAAGGUUUUUGGGAGCUUCUGCAAGAAAGAAGGCAGCUGGGACUUGAAUGCAUUACUCUUUAAGUCCAACCUGAAAAAGACAUGGAAGAACGCCCCAGAUGCAAGUUUCUUGGCAGGGCCUGUGUCUGAGCUCUGCAUGGAGCUCUUUAAGGUUACCAGGAAUGGAGUGUUUGCAUCCAAGAAGAUCAGGUUGGCCUUGGAGAAAUUGCAAAAGGAGAUUCAUCGUUUGAAUUUCACCAGGCACCAUGAUGGUGAUUUCUUCGAUAUGGUUGACCAGCAGGUGAGGAUUGCUUGCUCCAUGUUUAGAGAUUUGAAAGCUUCUCCUACCAAGUAUGCCACUUGCAUGAGAAAAGCAAGCGUUUCUGAGAAGGAGAAGGUUGAUGGAGUCUUGCAACAUCUGGUGGUUACUGAUGUGUGCUCUGAAGUUGGGGUAAGUUCAGACCUGCCACAGAAGCCUGAAGAACAGAAAGUGGACAAGUCACCUGAAAGUCAAAAAAAAAACGUGUCCAUCUUCAAGCGGGUCUUGCAAAAGCAGGUUUCUGAUGCCAGCAGCCCUGCAAAGAGCAUCAAGGAACAGGCUGUGGCUGCUUCCUUUGCACCCCACAGUACCCAUCCACAUGCAAUGUCUUCCAAUGGUGGGGUUACUGCACCUCACCAGGAAUUGGAGACAGGGCAUGCAGAGUCUUCCUGUGGGGUUAUUGUAGCUCACCAGGACCUGGGAAGAGUCGAUUUGGAAGCUGAUGAGGCUGAGGAGUUGAAAGAUUGGUUGCUGCAGAAGGCCGAUGUGAAGACCAAAAAGAAAAAGAAAGGGCAGAAGGCAUCUUCCAAGACCCAGAAGCCUGUUUUGAAGAAGCCUGCAGCAAUUCAAUCGAAGGCCUCUCAGAAGAAGAAGAAAGAAACCCAGGUUGAGAGUCAGAACAAAAAAGGUUCUUGCAAGGUUCCUUUCAAAAAGAGGAAGUGCGACUCUGCUUACCACUCUGCAAAGAAUAGGGCAAAGAAGGAUGGUAAAACUUUGGAAGAAGCUUGUGCAGCUGGGUCUGCAGCUGCAGCCAAGAUGGUCAGGGUCAGGACAUGGCCAGUGGGUUUGUUACUUGGCAGUGCAGUUCCUCUGACUUCCAGAGGUCCCUCCUUGGUGAAGCAUGGUGGUGCCAAGAGGGAUGCCCCAGAUGUCGAGAAUGGCCUUAUCAUGGCUGGAGCAAAGAUUCUCCAGUUGCAAAAACUUGCAAAUGUUGUGAAGAGCCAAUCCAUUGUGGCAGAUGCAAGGCAAGCAAAAGCAAAGUCUGCAGCAUGGCGAGAUGAGCGCCAAUGGUUCUUGCAUAUGUCAGAACCCAAAGCAGCUCCUGCAAAGCCACCAGCUGGCUCUGGCAAAGCAGCUCCACCUCCAAAGGCUAUGCCAAGGACACCUCAAGCUGCUCCAGCUAAGCCAGCUGCUGCUUCUGGCCCACCUGCAAAGCCAGUUGCUGCCCAGCCUGUGCUUACUUCAGUACCCAAGACACCUCCCAAAGUGGCUGUAGUCACACCAAGUGGUGCUCCUGGGGUUGCUGAAGUUUCUCCACCCAAGAAGUUCAAGCAGCCACCACCAGGCAUGGGGAACUGGCCCACAGCUGCCAUGAUUGCUGCUGCCAAGCAAAGGCCAAUGCAGAAGGCCCCUCCUGCCGCAGCUGUUGUCAAGUAUAAAGCAUUUCCAGCACAAGCCAAGCCUGCUGCAGCACCAGUAGCAGAAGCAGCACCUGCCAAGGCAGCACCUGCCAAGGCAGCACCUGCCAAAGCAGCACCUGCCAAGGCAGCUGAGGCAGCUGGGCUUACUUUAGCAAAGGCAGCUAAAGGCAAAGCAGCUCACAUGGAGAAGGCUCCACCCCCACUUCUACCCAAGCUCCUCGGUUUGCAGUGUGCUUGCUCCAACACCACCUCCACUGCCUCCUGUGCCAAAGCCACCUGUGGUCUCGCAACUUGGCCAGGUUUGGACCUGAUGGCAGACCACUUGGUCCUCAGGAUCUCUGGUUACUUCCUCAUGGGCUCUAUGGAGUGGUUGUUCAAGAGCCAGUUCAUCAACAAGGUGUUUCAGCAGAACAGCAAAGGAGAAUACGUGCUUGCUCCUGGAAAUGCCCAGUUCGAAGUAUUCAAAAAGAACAAUGAGAUUCGCAGCAACAGAUCUCAGGUUACUGGGUUACCUUACUCCAUCAUGCUAUGGAAAAACUUCCAUGGAAAUGAAGAAGCUUUGCAUGAUGCAGAAAGACGAGGUGAUGUCUACCAGAAGGAUGGUUACUAUCACUUCAAGUCAGUGGCCACAGCCAUUGAAAAGAGGCAUGACACCUCCAUGGUCUUGCAUGGUGGCAGAGCUGACCUCAGCAAGGACGAAUAUAGCCAGAUGAAUGAGUUCAUGGCCAGCAGGCCAUGGUCCCAAUUUGGCAUUGGAGGCGGUCCUUCCUCUACACAGGCUGUGGUUACUCGCUCUUCCUCGUCAUUGCCAAAGGCGAUAUGUGAUGCACCUCUGAAACUCUCCUGGUCAAGUGUGGAGCAUGACAUCAAAGAAGCCAAAGGGGCUCAGGAACGACUUGGCAGAGAUUGUCAAAGGCUUGCCGCCAAAAUCUUUGACAAGAAGGACGAGGGCAUCAAUCAGACUUUGAAGGAUAUCCUCAGUGGCCUUUCACAAAGAGAAAGCAUGCUUGGGCAAUGCAUCAUCUUCCAAAGUGUGGAAGGCACAAACAUGGAGAAGACCAAGGUGGAGAAAUUCUUCCGUGAUCUUGGGCAAGCGACUGAGGAUGCCAAUGAGAAGCUGGAAUCCACCAAGUCAAUAGCCAGAACCAGGGGCUGGCUGGACAGCAAGUAG